AUGUUCCCCAAGAAGGGCCAGAUGUGUGUGGAGCACUACACAGGAAGGCUCCAAAGUGGGAAGAAAUUUGAUUCAUCCAGAGACAGAAACAAACCUUUCAAGUCCAGAAUUGGCAAACAGGAAGUCAUAAAAGGUUUUGAAGAGGGCGCAGCCCAGAUGAGGUUGGGGCAGCAGGUUAAGCUGACCUGCACCCCUGAUAUGGCAUAUGGAGCCAUGGGCCACCCCAAUAUCAUCCAUCGCAGUGCCACCCUCAUUUUUGAGCUGUUCAACUUAGAGUGA